UAUAGUACUAUAGAUUAGAUUAUAGAUCUCUAGAUACUAGAUCUAGAUAUCUAGAUCCUUAUUAUAAGUUAUAGAUCCUAGGUCCUAUCAGUAUGAGUAUCAUCUACUAUCUAGGCUUAAUGUUAAUCUAGGUCCUAAAUAAUAGAAAGAAUGAAUAAGACUUUGAGUUUGCUUAUCAAGGCAAUAGCCAGAGAUGCUGCCAUUUGUGGAAGCUACAAAUCAUAUUCAUCUGCAGCCCUCUAUGUUCAUUGGCCCUACUGUAAAAGACGCUGCACAUACUGCAACUUCAAUAAGUAUAUCCAAAAAUCAGUGAAUCAUGAGAGAAUGAAACAGUGUCUUAUCAAAGAAGCUCAAACUCUUCUCCAGUUAUCUGGAGUUGAAAAGAUUACAUCAGUAUUCUUUGGUGGAGGGACACCAAGCUUAGCUCAGCCUGAAACAAUCAAAAGCUUUUUAGAAUCAAUCAGCAAACACAUCAGUCCACAUUCACAGACAGAAAUUAGCAUGGAAGUCAACCCCACUAGUAUUGAAAUGGACAGUUUAAGAGAGUUUAAAGCAGCUGGUGUCAACAGAGUUUCUAUUGGUGUGCAGACAUUAAACACAGAGGCUCUUCACAUUCUUGGCAGAGACCACUCUGUACAAGAAAGCCUAAAAUGCUUGGAAAUGGCAAAGAGUUUAUUUCCUAGUCACGUUUCAUUAGAUUUAAUCUAUGGCUGGCCAGGGCAAUCUUUGGACAUGUGGUUAGCAGAGCUGAAGGAAAUUCUCCAGAUUUGUGACCAUCAUAUUUCAUUAUACCAGUUAACAAUUGAGAGAGGAACACAACUAUUCAAAUCUAUUCAAGAGAACAAACUGAAAUUACCAGACUCUGAUGUGACAGAAGAUAUGUAUUUGCAAGCUGUAGAAUUAUUAGAUCAAAAUGGAUUUGAACGUUAUGAAGUUUCCAACUUUGCAAAAGAGCACUGUUACAGCUAUCACAACUUAGCAUACUGGACAGGUGUGGAUUACAUAGGAGUUGGACCAGGUGCACAUGGUCGAUUCAUCCCACGAGAUAAAGGUCAGCGAGAAGCCAGAAUACAGACACUAGAGCCAGAUAACUGGAUGUGGGAAGUAGAAAAUUAUAGUCAUGCCACCAGGAAAUGUAUUCCAUUAACUAUGCAAGACCAACUAGAAGAGCUUUUAUCUGUGGGCCUUAGAACUAAAUCUGGAGUUACUCAUUUUGCAUGGUCCAAAAUUUGUCCUAAAAGAAGUAUUAAAGACUUGCUAUUACACAAUCAAAAAGUUCAGUUUUACAUUCAUAAAGGAUUGCUUGUACUUGACAAUAGAGGUCUGAAACCUAGCUCAGAAGGAAUGAAUAUUAUUGACAGUAUAUUGCCAGAUCUCCUCAUUGCUUUUCAAGAUGCAAAUAACACAGUCAUAUAUAAUGAAAAAUAAAUGAUUUCCUCAUC